AAUGGUUGAUGUCAUAUGAAGCCUUGGUUGCCCACACCCCUGGUACCACACGCAAAGGCUUUCGUGGUAUGUAGUUCAGAAGCUAUUCACAGGAAUGAACGUCUAAGUAAUCAAAACCUACAAUACCCCAAAACCCUGAGGAUCGUGCGAUGUCGCGCUCCCCACUUUGACAGGAAAAUAAACACUGUGGAGGAAGAUUUGCCAGCAGUCACUGACUACAAGCCAGAAGAUAUAAUCAUGGGUGACAACAGUUGCAACGACGGAACGCACCACUCGGGGGCAGUGCAAUCAGACCCCGAACUGUUUGAUGCACAGUUUCAGGAACUGGUGAAAGAAAUCACAGAGAAAGAUCUUACGGACCCUGUCCUGGCAGACGCUCUCAAAAGACUGAGAGAGGUGUUGCUCUAUAAUGCUCCUGGUGGAAAGAGGAACAGAGGUCUGUCUGUGAUUGGCUCGUUGAGGGAGCUUGUCCCUCCCACCAAGCUUACCCAGGAUGAUGUACAACGGGCCCUGAUAGUUGGCUGGUGCAUUGAGCUCCUCCAGGCGUUCUUCCUGGUAGCUGAUGACAUCAUGGAUGCUUCAGUGACUCGAAGAGGUCAGCCCUGCUGGUACAAGAAGGAGGAGGUGGGUAUGGAUGCCAUCAAUGAUGCGUUCCUCCUGGAGGGAGCCAUCUACAGACUACUGCGCAGACACUGCCGGGAACAGCCAUACUACAUAAACCUACUGGAGCUCUUCACUGAGACAUCCUUCCAGACAGAGCUGGGUCAGGCUCUUGACCUGAUGACCGCUCCACCCGGCCAGGUAGACCUCAACCGCUUCACCCUGGAGAGAUAUAAGGCCAUAGUGAAGUACAAGACAGCCUUUUAUUCGUUCUAUCUACCUGUGGCAGCAGCCAUGUACAUGGCAGGCAUUAACAGUGAGGAGGAGCACAACAAUGCCAAACACAUCUUACUGGAGAUGGGAGAGUUCUUCCAGAUACAGGAUGACUAUCUGGAUUGCUAUGGCGACCCGGCAGUGACAGGGAAGAUUGGGACAGACAUCCAGGACAACAAGUGCAGCUGGCUGGUGGUUACUGCUCUAGGGGUCAUGACCCCAGAACAAAGGGCAGAGCUGGAGUCAUGUUAUGGUCACCAUGACGAUGCUUGCGUGGAGAAGGUGAAAACAUUGUACAACACCCUUCAGAUACCCACCCUAUACCAACAAUACGAAGAUGAAAGCUACCAGCGUUUACAGAAACUCAUCGUUUGUCACGCCCAAAACCUUUCUCACGCUGUCUUCCUCAACUUUGCUAAGAAAAUCUACAAGAGGAACAAGUGAAGACCACAGGAGUUUUAAGGGACUAGAUACAAUGUCUUGUGUCACACUGUAGCUAUUCUGAGGAGGCCCAGCUGGUGGGGCUCCUUCCAUUGAUGUCCCCCUUCCCUUCUCCCCUACCGCCUGACCUUUGAGUGGAGACCAUAAAGUUAGGGGUUCGGGAGCCAAAUAGAACAAGGCAUUAGUUUGAACUGAGAGUGAGACUGUGGCAGAUAUUAGGCCAGUCAUUCUCUGACCUGCUCUUCAAGGACCCAUAAUGUGUUCAGGUUUUUAUCCCCACUGAUUGCUGUGAUGUACAGAAUAACUGGUGACUCAUUGUGAACAUGUCGUCAGUGGCUGAAUGUAUGCCUGUCUUUUCAUCUGUCUCUGUAUCACUCUGUUGAUGAUGGUGUGAUUAUGACAUCAUGUUGCCCAGUGGUGAAGUAUUUAAAAAAUAAAUAAAGGUGGACUGGAUUUCUGGUCACAGUAAAAAGAAAAAAGUAAAGCUCCCUAUAUUUUUAUGCAUUUUUCCCCACAAAAGCUGGUCACUCUAAUAAACAAAAUAAACUGUUGACUUGC